GGAGCUAGUGGGACUCGGCGUUCACAAUGGCUAACGGGUAAACCGAGGCAGUGAAAGGGCCAGACCAUUUCAGAAGGUCCGCGCCGGGAGAGCCUUGGGUGGCGACCGUAGACCGAACUCAUCUCCUCCCGAGAUAUGCGAUUCGGUCCCCGCCGUUGUCCCUUCUCCACGAGCCGUAGAGGAGAACCUUCUUGGCUCGGCGUCUCCUCCAGGGCCGCCAAGCACCUCUGAAGAGCCAUGUUCCAGGCUGCCGGAGCCGCCCAGGCCACCCCCUCUCAUGAAACCAAAGGCAGCAGUGGCAACAGCACGGUGCAGCGGUCUAAGUCCUUUAGCUUGCGGGCUCAGGUGAAGGAGACCUGUGCAGCCUGCCAGAAGACUGUGUACCCUAUGGAGCGGCUGGUGGCAGACAAGCUCAUUUUCCACAACUCUUGUUUCUGUUGCAAACACUGCCACACCAAACUCAGCCUGGGCAGUUAUGCUGCAAUGCACGGUGAAUUUUACUGCAAACCUCACUUUCAGCAGCUGUUUAAGAGCAAAGGCAACUACGAUGAGGGGUUUGGUCGUAAACAGCACAAGGAGCUCUGGGCCCACAAGGAGGUGGACUCAGGCACCAAGACAGCCUGAGACCCCUUUAACAUCCAUUCCCUCCCAGCACGUGGCCUACAGCUGGGCAGUGGGAAGGAGGUUAACCUGGGCUUGGGGGAGCGGGGUGGGAGUGGAUGAGGCUCCCUCAGACAGGUUUCAGGCAUAAGGCUCUGCUCCAGGAUUCCUUACCUUUCCCCAUAGGACGGGCCUUGGGAACCAGAAUUGGAGUUUUCACCAUACUGCUUCCUUUAGCCCAUCUCACCUCACCCCAUGGCUCCCUGGGAGGCCCACAAGCCCAGCUUCCCUAUUUAGGUGCCUUUUCUCCAGCAAGGAGUCAGCAUGCCCUCCUCAGGGUUCCAAGCUCCCUCACUGCCACCUGGGCCUUGUGUACCCCCUUGUCUCCCCAUCUACCUCUGCCCCUUAGCCUGGUUGUGAGCCACAAAGACUGGAAGAGGGAGAGUGCCAUCUGCUGGGCCUCAUAGAUGCCACCUCGCUGGUGGGGGGAGGGCUGGGGGAGAGGCAAGACAGCCUGCAGCCUUGGGGUCCCUUGCAUCACAGAGCUAAAGCUCUUGCUAGAGCCUCAGCUGACAGGGUUGGCAAUAGCUAUGCUCCCCCUCUGUUGUGCUGUUGACUGUUGUGAUCAACCCUGUUUUAAAAAUGUUUAAACAGA